UGAUGUACCAAACAAAGGAAAGGGUGGCGAGAAACAGAACUGAAAACACUCUAAACUGGGAAAACUAAAACUUAAACAACAAAACCUGAACAUGAGUGAGGGUACCUUGCAGGGAGGACAGCGCGGGGAGAACGCACAGGGAGACGGAGGAAGAUACACAGGCAGGGAUGACACCAAACAGAGAGAGCACAAACUAAACCCUGGGAAACCAAAACACAACAGUAUAAUACAUAACAAUAUCAAAAGAAAAAGUACAACAACCAAAAACACUGGGUCACCGACCCAGGACCAUGACAGUAUUUCUUUUCCUUCAUGCUUCUCUUUUGGAAUUCUGCUCACAUAUCAUCUCUUUUACCUUUAUUAGAGUAACGGACUUAAGGAAGAAAAUUCUGUCCAGUGCUACGGACUGUUUUACCCCAGCAACUAUCUGAUAAGCUUUCAAAAUAUACAAUAAAUUAAAAAAGUACACAAGUUACACUAUAACAUGAAACAAAAAUGAAUUUAUUUUGAAGUUUAGGUUCGUUUCCGGUUACGCCCACUGAAAUAUUUUGAAAGUUGCAGCCGGAAACGUGAGUAGAUUUGGCAACUGUUGUGGGGAUGCUGAGGAGAGAGCAUCCUUCAUUGUAGGUUUUCACACACACAGGUCGUGUGUUUUAUACGCUGUGAUGUUACAACGCCGAGCAGUGUUACAUUUUACUUUACUGCCGUGAGUUGCUCUUACACGGAAAACUACGCUUUCAAGCUAAGCUAGGAGCUGACACUCCAAGAUUAGCGAUGGUGGAUUUGUCCGAAGGUGGUGCAGUGUCAGUCGGACACAACAGAGACAGACAGGGAUCAGGUUCGGGUAAUAAUGACAGGAUAACGUCGAAGAAGUCGCGAACGAGAAGAGGCAAAAGAGGAAAGAGAAGGAGGAACAAAAAGAACAACAGGAACAAAACGCCACCGCCGUAUUUACCACCGGAGGCUGAAGAAGGGAACAUUGAAUAUAAGUUGAAGCUGGUCAACCCCACGCAGUACCGCUUUGAGCAUCUGGCCACACAGCUGAAGUGGCGACUGCAGGAGGGCCGUGGCGAAGCUGUUUACCAGAUAGGAGUAGAAGACAAUGGUCUGCUCGUCGGCCUGACUGAGGCUGACAUGAAGGCCUCACUCAACACUUUAAAGAAGAUGGCAGAGAAAGUCGGGGCUGACAUCACUCUCCUCCGAGAGAGGGAGGUUGACUACGACUCAGACAGAAACACGCGCAAAAUUGCAGAAGUCCUUGUUCGAAAAGUUCCUGAUGAUCAGCAGUUCCUGGAUCUGCGGGUGGCAGUGCUAGGCAAUGUGGACUCUGGGAAGUCAACCUUACUGGGUGUCCUGACACAAGGCGAGUUGGACAAUGGACGAGGCCGUGCACGGCUCAACCUUUUCAGACAUUUGCAUGAGAUCCAGACCGGACGCACCUCCAGUAUCAGCUUUGAGAUCUUGGGCUUCAACAGCAAAGGAGAGGUUGUGAACUACAGUGAGUCCAGGACAGCUGAGGAGAUCUGCGAAAGUUCUUCCAAGAUGAUCACCUUCAUCGACCUUGCAGGACACCACAAGUAUUUAAAGACCACCAUCUUCGGCCUCACAAGUUAUUGCCCUGACUUUGCCAUGCUGGUGGUGAGCGCUAACACUGGUAUUGCUGGUACAACUAGGGAACACCUGGGCUUGGCCAUGGCGCUGAAAGUUCCUAUCUUCAUUGUAGUCAGUAAAGUGGACCUGUGUUCCCGAGGCACUGUGGAGCGAACAGUCAGACAACUAGAGCGAGUUCUGAAGCAGCCGGGCUGCAACAAGGUGCCCAUGGUGGUGUUGAACCCUGACGAUGCUGUGAGUGCAGCACAGCAGUUCACCCAGUCCACAUGCAUUACACCCAUCUUCACCCUUUCCAGUGUGUCUGGUGAGAAUCUGGACCUCCUGAAGGUUUUUUUGAACAUCCUUCCUCCACUGAGCAACAGCAAGGAGCAGGAAGAGCUGAUGCAGCAGCUCACUGAGUUUCAGGUUGAUGAGAUCUACUCAGUUCCUGACGUUGGGACUGUGGUUGGAGGAACUCUGUACAGUGGAAUGUGUAGGGAGGGUGAGAGGCUGGUGGUGGGUCCAACUGAUGAGGGCCGUUUUCUGCGCCUGAAGGUGGGCAGUAUCCAGAGGAACCGCUCUGCCUGCAGAGUGCUGAGGGCUGGACAGGCUGCAACGCUGGCUUUGGGAAACUUUGACCGUUCACUACUGCGCAAGGGCAUGGUGAUGGUCAGUCCCAAGAUGAACCCAACCAUCUGCUGUCAGUUUGAAGCUGCCAUUGUCCUGCUCUUCCAUGCCAAGACUUUCCGUCGGGGGUCACAGGUCACCAUACACGUUGGUAAUGUCAGGCAGACUGCCACUGUGGAGUGCCUUCAUGGAAAGGAUGAGCUGCGUACUGGCGAGAGAGCUGUUGUUCGUUUCCGCUUUAUCAAACACCCCGAGUACUUGCGCCUGGGCGCUAAGCUUCUCUUCAGGGAGGGUGUCACCAAAGGCAUCGGCCAUGUCACCUGCCUGCUGCCCCCUUCUCAGAAUCACAACCAGAACCACGACCAGAACCUGCAGGAUUACUAAAAAUUGCUCCUUCAUCAAACAGACAGAUGUUGAGGCAGUGAGAAUGAUGACUGCUUGGGGAACAUAGGUCUCUGAUCAAAUUUAGCCAUGCACAUCAUGUUGGAGUCCCACCUGUCUUGGAUCUAUGUUUCUGUCCUCAUCCGUUCCUGCGAUGAUGUCAGAAAGGCUGUUUUCCAGCAAACAUUCAUAUCUUGAGUUAAGCUGGAUGACCAUUAAGUGGACUUAAGCCUGAAGAUUAAUUUGAAGUUUUGCCACAGAUUGAUUAAAAGGUUCCUUUUUAUCAUUGCCGCUGUCAUUGGAAGAUAGCAGGAGUAUUUUAAAAGCAUGAAUAGUGCUUACUCAUCGCUGAUGUGGAAUGAAGGUGUAAUUCUGUUUCUCUUGAUGUGCACGACGGAUUGACCUCGCUCUACGUACGAGACAUGUUUGCACGCUUAAACUCAUCAAGAAAUUUGGUGAGGGAAGAUUAUAUUUAGCACAUACUUUAUUUUCAUUAGUCUUAGGUGGAUUCCUUUCUAAGGAGUCUGCUUAUGAUGCCAAACAUUUUAGACCCUUGCCGUGGUUUUUUCGUGGUCUAGCCAUUGACUGGGGUAUUUUUCACAAAGCAUUGGAGGAGUCAGGUGCCAUUAUCUGACAACAUUGGUGGGCAAACUAUUAAUUUGUGAUUUCAAAUUAUCACCAGAAGUGUGUAACUUCAUUAGCAACAUCCUCCCGAAAUGCACCAACAACAUUGAGAGUAACAUCCUCCUCUUUGACACUUAAUGCUCGCUGGUCACUAUGAUAAUGCGUAAAUAUUUCCAAAUAAGACACACAACUACAACAAGGUAAAAGACCCAGUUAACUGAGUUAAUGAUAGAAAACCCUGAAAACCAUCAAUUUCACACCCGAGCCUCAACUCUCGCGGCCCGGUACGAAAUGACUCAGGCUGUUUUCCAACAAACAUUUGUAUCUUAAGUUGGAUGACCAUAGUGGACUUAAGCCUGAAGAUUAAUUUGAAGUUUUGCCACAGAUUGGGGGUUGGGGACUGCUGGACUAAUUAUUGCAAUGACUGAUCUAUAUGUACUGAAUGGUUGACUAAGGCUACAUUCACACUGCAGGUCUUAUUGCUAAAUUCUGAUUUUUUUGAUCAAAUCCGACUCUUUUUUUUGUCUGGUUGUUCACACUACAAAUAAAAUGCAACAGCAAAUGCGCUCUAGUGUUCACGGCCCUCAAAGCAUGCACAAAAGAAGAUGUCACACACAACGCGCUCUGCUUAUAGAAGUAAAAAUGGCAGCUACAGAGCUAGUAGGUGUUGUUUCCGCAGUCUAUCAAUUUCUGCACAGUCAUAACCGACAUAAUUUUGAAAAAUUAAUUAGGAAAAGAACGACACUGAGAAAAAAGAGAGUCCAUGCUUUAACAAUGGCCUCGUUUGGACCAGUGGCUGCUACCUCCAUGCAGAGGUAUAUAUGGCCACGAAGUCGUUUAGCUUGUUUGAAUUGUCUCCCCAUAUGCUAAUCAAGUCCAAAACCUCAGUUUCUGUUCAUUGACUCGCUCCGUCUCCAGUUUCCGCCGCCAUGCUUUCUCGUUUGUCUUUUCCAGCGCUGAUAAUUGGCAUCUGUCUUGUGUCAGUGACAUAAAAUACGGAUUUAAUGCAACAUGACCAUUCAAACAGCACUCGCUUUCCUAAACAUCAGAUAUGUAUCGGAUUCAGUACCACAUACGAAGUGACCUAGGUUGGAUUUGAAAAUACCAGAUUUGUGCUGUUCAAACUGUCAUACCAUGAUCGGAUAUGGGUCGCAUAGGGUCAGAAAAGUCGGAUUUGAUGCAUUUUCGCCUGCAGUGUGAACGUAGCCUAAGAUGUUUUGGUGAUUCAAAAAAAUGUUUGGUCUUUUGAUUUGAGAUCACAUUGUACUAGUUUGUGUUCAGAACUGUAAAAACAUACUUCAUGCUAAUACUUAGACAUAUUUCUGCAGGACGACCAGGUGAUUCUAUUACAGUUAUUUUUUGAAGAUGAUUUACUUUCUGAAUGUUGGAUGAAAUAUAUAUUUUUGUCCGGAGUUAAGCUGUUAGUUAAAUGCAUCAUAAGUCACUGUGUUCCAGGAGUGUGGCAGGUUCCUUUUCCCUCAAGAAGGUGAAAAAACAUUUUGUAGAAGAAACUGGCAUUAAAUUCUUAACCAUCAAAUCCUGUAUAUUCAGUAUCUGCUUUUACGAAUGACAGAAAUAUUUGCUACUAGGUUUCCAGUUUGUUCCAACUCUCCAUUCAUAUUUGUUGGCUGUAUUAGAAGUUUGUACAUUUUAUAAGCCAGGCAGCUUUUGCAGCUAAACCUAACCUGCAUGCCCUUUGAGUGAUUAAAAAACAAACAAACGCACAUUUCAAGUAUAACACACAUGUGGUGGAGUGUUUAUGCAGGUAAACUUCAUUUUUCUGGGGUUCUGUGCAAUUGUAAAGCUAAAUAUUGAAUGUACUUUCCUUGAUCCUGUGUAGCAUUUCAAUCUGAUUGCUGUUUAAUAGAGUGAUGGUUGAUUUCGCACUUUGUAUUUUGAUUCUGCAUGUUGGAGACUACCAGUUCUGCAGUACAGUGUAACGUGGAAGUGGUACUGAAAGGUGUGACAUGCUAAAGCUGAACAUUUAAAUGUUAUGGGGUGAAUUUAUUAGUUUUUACUGACCGUCCCUUUUAGUGAGAAAUAAAAAAGUAACAGUAAGAAAUGCAAAUUCUGCUUUCAUCAAUUUGCAACUUUAACACAGAGGAUGUUUGUUUUAGACAUCGUAUUAUGAAAAAUGGUUUUGUUCUCCAUCUUCUCAGCUUUUCUGAGUUUAGUACCAAUACUGGAACCAUGAGGAAAUGGCUGUCAGUCUCAAGUGUUUUAAAAAAAAUCUUCCAUAACAUUUCCAUAUCAUGGUAGUCUUUUGCAUUUGUUUCUCCCAUCCGGAUUUGGGAACUUCUAAUCCUGGGGUCUGCAACCUUUAUCAUCAAAAGAGCCAUUUUGCCCCCUCAUCUGCCAAUAGUCGGGAGCCGCAUAAAAUAACAGAG